CUAUUUGGACGGGAGACCGGGGAAGACUGCAAAAUAGCCGUCGCUUGUUGCCGUUUAUGAACAUGGCAGCUAAAAUCGACCUUUCGCCAAAUCGUAGUCUUUUGGACGCCAAGUUUGAGUGUUAUCGGUUAACGCUCGAACCAGUACCCAUCCUGAAGCAAACACUAAAAGGGGGCGUACAGAAGGUCCACCUCGAAGAUGACCAGUACGGCUACCUUCACGUUCAGAUGGCGGGGCUUAUAAACGCGCUUGUGCAAGAUCCAUGGGACCACAACACACUUUUCUACAUAUCGGACACCCACCACGUCACAUGGGUGCAUUUGUCGCAGGAAACCCAUCUGUCGGAACCACGUGUUGUCUGGCAACUCCCCGACUCCAGUGGGCUGAUGCAGCCCCGUGUGUGCACCCUGGACCUGCCCCACCCCGACUGGUGCGUCAUCUCGGACGGCCUGGGCACGGUCUACAUUCUCAGCUCUCCUAGCAGGCCACAGGGAGAGCCCUGGCAGCUGUGUCACACCCACUGCCUGGAAUGGAGCCAGCCUGGCACCAUGCUAUUGACGAGUGCCUACAGCAGUUUCCCCAGCAGUCACCAGAUGGACUGCUUGUUGGCCUACAUCUGCAAGCCUCAGGAUGUCAAGGGCAGUGUCACCAUUGCCGAGACCACAGUGCAUUUCGUCUGCGUGCUCGAGUGGCUCGCCUUCAGUUGCGUGGCCAGUUCCGACUGUGGUCAGUGGAGCCUGAAGCGGCAACGUCGCCUGGUGGGGGCCUCUGUUCCAGUCUACUUUGCAUUUGAUACUCCCGGAAAUGCUCUUUGUUUGGCAUCCGAGAAAGACUUCAGCUUUGUAUACGACUCGUGCAAGGCAGAGGUGGGCCACGAAGUCGAAGAGGAGACUGGAGCUCAGGCCCAGGAACCACCCCUCUACUCCUUCAUCCAGACUGCCGAAGAAAUCACAGUGGUGUUCAGGCUUCCCGAAACACUCACCAAGGAGGAUGUUAAAGUGAACCUUGAGGUGAAAGGGAUUGAGAUCUGCAUUGAGGACAAAGCUGUUCUAAAGGGCGAUUUCCCUUAUGCUAUUACUAAAGACUGCAGCACCUGGACCAUCCUUGACCAAAAGCUAGAGGUGCACUUGGUCAAAGCAGAGCACGCCGUGGUCUGGCACGAGGUGGUCAAAGGAGACAUGAGGGGAGAGGAGGUUUUCGACCCGGCUUUUGUGGAGGAAAUUCAUGCACGCCUGGCACAUCUCACCUCGGACACGGAGGUCACAGGCUCAGAAAAAAAAUCGUUCAACUACCAGGAACUUGAUGAGUGCGACAACACCACCGAGUACUUCUCAUUUACGAGGCUCUGUGGUGACUCCCACCGGACGACGCAUCAGAUCAAUCUGAGCGGCCACCAGUGGCUGUUCAGCCUGCGGCCGUCCCCCAGCCUGAUGCCGGCCCUGUGCUUGCGUCACGACGUGGAUGGCCUGGUGUGGCAGCCCCGGAGCGUGGCUGGCGAGGGCGAUGUGGACUCUUUCCGCAUGGAGCAUGUGGCCACCUUCCACGCAUUCGGCUACGUUCAGGCAUCGAAGCAGGACCGCAAGUUUGAGACGGCGUCCCCAGACUUCAGCUUUGCUGCACUCUGCGACGCGGCUCGGCACGUCUACCUGUACCGGCAACCUGAGACAUUGAGCUCCAGUCAAGAGGUGCGAAACCGAAAGACGGGCAAGGAGGUGUCGAGCAUCGCCAAGCAGCACGUCGUCAGCCUUGACCAGUGCGACGCCAUUCUGGGCAUGGUAGCCAGCCGGCGCUGCCUCUUUGUGCUCAGUUCCAAUGCACUCUAUGCUGUCAAACUUUCCUCCUCAUAAUGCCACCUCGGAUAUAUCCUCAUCCAGUAUCGUGCAUCACAGAAACUAAAAGUUGUCAUGUUUUUUUUAUGGAAAUUGUGGUUUUGUUGUUUUGCUUGGCUUCACUUUUUUUUUUUUUUUUUUCUUUUUUUGGGGGGGUUUCAUAAUUUCCUAAGCAGGGUUUUGUUAUGCCCUGAGAAAGCUGUCUGGCGGCCCGGUGGAAAGUAUGAAAGAUGUGGACUUUUUGCGUUGAAGGGCUUGAUCAUGUGUGCGUGCGUAUCUUUGGAAGCCCUAACCUGGCGUGUGUUUGCACAGCCAGAGUGUCUUCCGUCGCUGCAGACGCAAACAUUUUUUUGGGGGGAAUGCGUUGCCACAGAAAGCUUGUUAAAACAUGUUGACUGCUUUAAACCACUUUCGUUUGCCAGGUGUUCCAUCGAAAAUGUGGCUAGAGUUCUGCGCUCUAUUCUUAUACAAGGAAAGACAAAGAAAAAGUAUAUAGUUAUUUUUAUAUUUUAUCGAUGCUCGCGCGGUUGUUCAAGCACAUGAACACCAAUGUAUGGAAGGCCAUAAUUGCGUAAAGCUCUUUGGUUGUCACGUGACGUGAGCUGUCUUAAACUCGCAGGAUCUUCAUUUCACAUGUGAAGUGAACAAUUUCACAUGUGAAGUCGACCUUGUGGCAUGUUGAUUGACACCAAAGGGAUUUUUUUUUUCUAAAUCUGCUGUGCAGAAGAAGGCAAAGUUGUUAAUUGCACCCUCUUUGGUCACUGCAUGACUCAUAGGCUACAAAGCAUGUUUUUAGAUUUGAUUUGGUUUCUUCGUUUUGAAAAAUGAGGAAUGGGUUCUGCGCUCAUUUUUGUAUCUACAAUUUGUGGCAGAAUAAUGGGCAGUAGUACUAAUAUAUGAGGCUUAUUCAAAAAGAAAUCAAAUGUUUUAUGUAGGGCUACUAGCAGAUGACACAAUGGUGGCAACGUUUAGCUGUGACAUGCAACAUUGCGCAGUUCCAGGAUCACACCACUCUGCAGGUAAACUUUCUCGAGAUAGAAGAGUGAAGGUGUCUGUUAUGUCAAAGUGUUGAACUGGGCGAGUUCGUAAUAAUUGAACAACAUGAUGUUAUUCCCAUCAUCCUUCAUAUUCACCGAGCACAAAAAUGCCAGAACUUGCGACAGGCACAUUUAAUGUAAUGCUAUUCCCAUCAUGUUAAAGGUGUAAGUUCUGCCAUUUUCUUGUGCUCGGUGAAUAUGAAGGAUCUUGUUGAACAAUGCGUGUGUGUACAACUUCAGAAUAAAAAUUUAAAAGAAAAAAUAAAAAAAAAAUUCUUAUUU